AGAUGGCAGAACCAAUGAAUUAAUUUGCGUAUGCGUACUUCUUCUCUUAGUUCUCCUUUGUCGGAAAUCAGGGGUAUGAAAGUCAGAUGAAGGAUUUUGCGCCUCGUUUUGGGACAUCUAUUGGGGUUGCACAUCACUAACUGCAUGAUGUUUGCCAAUUCCUUCGGUAGAUGGCGCGAGAAAUUCAGCCGCCAUCUUUUUGUCACGUGAUUUGAUCACGUCACGUUCUGAGCAUCAUCCACGGGAAUCACAGACAUUGUUUUUUCUUGCACAGACAAUUGAAGUUUAUCUCGUAUACGAUGAUUUAGGUGAUUUUUGAACAUUAUUUACAGUAUAAUUUGUGUGCUUUCUAGUAGCUAUAGCAUACUAUUCUGCUAUUUUAAGACUGCCUGCCUAAUUAUUUGAUUUUGAUUACAGAACCAUGCCUAAACCGCAAUAUACUCAAAAGUUUCGAGACGCAUGGUUAAAGGACCCUAGUUUAAAAGAAUGGCUGUUGGUUAUUGACAGCACUUUAGGAAGGGAAGCUAAAUGCAAAUUUUGUAGUAAAAUAAUUACGAGUCAUUACGCCGACCUUAAGAGCCAUGCAUGGGAAAACACAAGGGAGCGACCUUCACGAAAAGACAAGCAGAGAACCAUUGAGGAUCUCCGCAACAGACUGAGAGAGAAUACAUCGACAGUGCGUCGCGUUUCGAACAGCCCGACCUCUGUACGAUCACAUCCUACAAAUGCCCCAAGAGAGCGUCGGGCUUCGAACAGCCCGACCAAUCGACAGGACGCAAGCCGAGCCUCGUACAACUCGGUGAGCGUAGUUAGUCCGGCAUCCCGCACUAGACUAGCUAUCCACAAGGACUCGGGGGAUUCGGACACACUCGUGCUCCAAGAGGAGACAGUUGUUCAAGAUACUGAGGGUGCGGGAGACCAUCUCCCAGAAUGCAUGGAAGGGGCACUAGACAGUGGCGCAGGGCCUAGGGAAAGAAAAUAUGGAACAGCUCCUAGAUCGGCACUGGCUUCCCAUAACUUCCCCACUUUGAACCCUCCAAAGAUUAACUCGGAAGUGAUUCAUAUCCUUUCUCAGGGGUAUGUAAAGAGAGACCAAUCUCAAACUAGGUAUCAAUUGUUGGUGGCAAAAACUACUAGUGCCCUUGGAAAAUGUUUUAACUAUGUUAUCGAGGAGAUCAACAAUAAUCCCGAGUCUGACUUGAACAAGCAUUUAUUGCCUCAUUUAGCAGACGCGGGCUCCUUGACGACUCGACUACUUUACGAGAUCUCAAUGAUGCGUCGUGAUUACAUAGCGCAAGUUCUCUCCAAAUCAGUCAAAGAGACAGUCAAAGAUACCACGCCGGGGGAAUAUCUGUAUGGUUCCGAUUUAGGCGAAAAAAUCAAGACGGCCAAGAUAAUGGAGAAAACUGGAAAUGAUCUACGAUCAGACAGUUAUUAUAAGAACAAGGCUGGACCUUCUGGCAUUAAGAGGGGAGGGGGCACAACUCUCAGCGGCAGUGUAACACCCCCAAAGGUUCUCGCACUCCAUAUAGAGACUAGCUACCACACGUCUUUAAACAGGCAACACCCACCUCGUCAGUCAAGGAGGGACACGGGGUCGAGGAAAGGGCAAGCUUCCAAGCAACGUCGCCUCCCAGUAAACAGAUACCGAUAA